GGUGUGCACAGUACCUCUACCAACUCAGCCUUGCCAUUUCCUCGACCUCAGUCCUGCUUGCAACCUCUACAAUGCCACUCCUCUCCUCAACGCUCCUCCUCCGCACUCACUCCCUCACCCUUGUAGUAUUCGCAUACUACCUCCUCACAUCGCCCACAUCCCUCCUCUCUUCCGCGCCGAUAUGGCUCAUCGGCGAAUCCAUGUUCAUCCGCCCUCCAGGCUACGCAUCAGGCCAACCUCCCUCGAAUGCUGGACCUGACACUCAAGCCUUUCGGCCGCCGGCUUUACUGCAAAACCCUAUCCGUGCAAAGUCAUCAACACCCCCAGUCACCGGCUCGGCAUCUGAGCGCGAACUCUUCGCUCUGCUCGCACUAUUGCUCCUCGUAUACGCUCUUAUGCAGUUCAUCUUUGCAGGAGAUUUGACAUUGAUGCUGCCGUCCGGACCGACAAGCAUAAAAUCGAGCGGGAAAUCAGCUGCUACACAAUCCACAUCCAACUCCAGCCCCAGCUCCAGCUCGUCCCGGUUUGCUGAAGAACUCCAUACACUGCUCACAGCACAGUCUCGCUGGCUUACGCUCGCUGGCCUGCACGUUCUCGCCUCUGCGGGACUUGUAUUCUGGAUAUAUAUGUUCCACUCGCAUGCACAAUCUGACGCCACCGACUCAAUGUUCCCUGGAGUGGUCCUGCUAGCGAACCGUGUGACGUUCACUGCCGGGCUGGCGGACAUGCUAUUCUGGGGAUACCUUUGGACGGUGCUGAAAGAUGAGGGAAGAGAAAUUGGUGGACUGCUGGCACGAAGGAGGGAGAUUGAGGAAGAGGAUGAAUAACCCUUCAACAUGUAUCCGCUGCGCAGCUUCCACCAUCUAUAUUGCUUGUCCAGUACCUGCCAAAGAGCGUUAUAUUGUAUAAACUCGAAUCUGAUUCAAACUGUACAAUCUUUUCAACAUGACUUGUAUCAUCUCCUUC